AUGUCUGAUUCAGUUAACCUCAAUCGAUUCAAUCAGCUUAUUGAAAAGUUGUCUAGUGAGUUUAAAAAAAGUGCAAGGUAUUACGAUAUCAAUUGUAUGCGUAGUAGACCUUCAUAUGUGGAUUGGUAUCAUAAUCUAGCUGAAAAACAUUAUGGUGCAGCUAGUGCUUGUAACGAGUAUUUAAUAAACAAAAAUUUGUUCAAUCUAUUGGAAAAGUUGACGAGCUUAGGAUUUGACGAGCAAAUAGCAGAUUUGAAGGAUGAUAUUGCAGAUAGAGAGUCAAGAAAAGCAGUAAGGGUUAAAUUCCAAGCCCUCAAGUUAGCUUCUUCGACCGCACAAUUAGAAUUGGAGAAAGCGUAUAGACCCAUUACACAACCACUUAAAGAAUUUAUUACAAAUAUUGGGAAAGCCGAACCAAUAACAUUUAAAGAGGAAGAAGAGUUUAAUCCAAAAGAGGAGUUUUCAACCCCAAAAUCUUCCUAUAAAACUUCAACUCCAACUAGAGAAAAAACUCGAAAAAGUGGAAAGACUCCUAUUCUACCUUUUGAACAACCGUCAUUUUUUGAUAUGUCCAUAAAUCGAUUACCUUCAGUGAGGGAGGUGGCUUCAAUAAGAGAGAUGCCUUCACUAAGAGAGAUGCCUCCAAUAAGAGAAGAAGUGACAUUCGAAAGCUCACCCCAAUCAUCGACUGAAACAAUUGGAAAUUUAUCUGACAUUUUGGAACAAAAAAAGCAGUCAAUACAAACCUAUGUUGGACAUCCAGUCUAUCUGGACUGGUUGAGUGAUUUUGACGAGUUACCCAGAACGUAUAUUGACAAUAGUGUAAAAGAUACAGAACAUAAAUUUGAUCACAAUUAUGGCACCCCAGGGCUGUAUGAAUUAUUAUUCAAAAAAGAACCUGUGGGCUAUAAAAAAGCCGAUUUGGAUAAUUACAUGGAUAUAUUAACUCGAACUAAUGCGUACCGCAGAAAUAAUAAUCCCAAUGAACAAGUACAAGGAAACAGUUCAGUAAAAUACGUUACUAUUAUCGGAACAUAUUUAUAUAAAAAAGGAAUCACAAAAUCUAAAACAAUCAUUUCCAGACCGGUAUUUGAAAAACCUGUAGCACCUUCUAGAGCGGCUAAAAAAACGGGGGUCGCUCGAAUUGGAAAAGGUCUUAUUUUGAAACGUAAUAAAAAAAGUACAGAUUAUGUAUAUUGGGAUAAUGUUAAUGAGCUAGUAAAUCCACUUCGAAUUCUAUUAGCUUCCAAGACUGCAGGUCAUAAUGGACAUCGAAAUGAAAUAAUAUCUAUUAUAGAAGAGUUGAAAGAAGCUAAAGUUAUACUAUAA